AUGCUACGCGGCCGCGCCACCAGACCCAAAAAACUCAACGCCAAACAAAAUGUCCAGAUUUUUCGUGAGGAUCAGGUUGAAUCCCUUCCCGAUUACGAUACACAACGUUCUGCGAUAGAAACCGGCGUCGAAAAGGCCGAAGAAUCAGAAUACCAUCUUCAACAGGCCAUCAAAGCGUCUGAGGUUGCCAAAGCAGAUGCAAAGAUUAAAGAUGCAUACAUCCCCACGCCACCUACCAUUGCGAGCGAUGUCAAGUACGACGUCCUCUACCCGAAAGGGUUUCAGCAGCCAGCCACAUACAUCCGCUCAUCAGCCACAGUCGAAGACUGUGCGGGAGUGGCGUAUUGCAUGGACGAAGAGGAUGAGCUUGCUUUGAAAUUGAUCAAUGGCAAGUUGCCUGCUGGUCAGGAAACAUGCAGUGAGGACCAGUUCGAAGUGGUCAUGAACUUUUUCGAGGAGACCGCUCAGGCGAAACAACCUUUCGCUGCUGUCGAUAGUCCUCCCGUCUUACCUUUAGAAGAACUCCAGGACCAGAUUGAUGAUACCGUGCCCUCGUUCGUGAGCAACCUUUCCAGAUUUAUUUACGAACACUGGCGGACGCGGCGAACAGCCACCGGUAAUCGUUCCUUGGCUCCUCGCUUGAAGUUCGAGACUGGUCAGGAGACGGACGACAGCGAUCCAUAUGUUUGCUUCAGACGACGUGAAUUGCGACAAAUCCGAAAGACCAGGAAUCGUGAUGCCCAGAGUGCCGAAAAGCUGCGCAAGCUCCGUAUGGAGCUGGAGACCGCGAGAGGCAUGCUGCUGAUGGUCAAGAGAAGAGAACAGCUUCGUAAAGAAACUCUCGAGAUUGAUCGACUUGUUUUCGAACAGCGACUGGCGCUUCGCGACACUAAGAGAAAGUUGGGCGUCAAGGGGGAUGAGGAUCUCCUCAUCAAUCAAAAGAAGCAGAAGAUCCCUCAAGGCAUGACGCCCAACCAGGCCGCCAUCGCUCAGCAACUCAGAAUGCCCAUGGCACCUGGGCCUGGUCCCGAACUCCGUACUCUCGAGGAUGUUGCUGCCGUCAGAGAACGAGAGAUUCAACGAGAGAUCCAGACGAACAUCGAGAAACAUAUUCGGUGGAAUGAAGGGUUCGUUGACAAGACAAUGGCGCCCCUUACCCCUGAGCUCGAGGACGAUUAUCCUUCGCCUGGGGAACAUUUCCGUGAGGCGAUGGCCGCGACUGAAUAUCUGCCUACACCUCCGGCUAGUAUCUCGGAUGAAGAGUCGCAGGAGUUGCCGAAUGGAACUGAGGUGGUCAUGAAGGAUGUAUCUCGACCUUCGACGCCUUUCCGGUAUGCCAGUCCAGCGGACGAGGAGACCGUCAGUCAUAUGCCUUCCUUUAGGCGGCGAAUAGGUCGUGGUGGACGAAUAUUGAUCGAUCGGAGACUGCCUCGUGCCGGACGAGGUUCAUUGAGAGAAGACGAUCGAUGGAGAUAUGAUUCGCCUGACGAGAACGAUUUCUCUGACGAAGAGCGGACUUUCCCCGACCUGACCUUUGCUCGCAUGUCACAGCGAGCCUACCUCAUCGGCAGUAGUCGACCAUCGGAGAAGACAGCGUUGCUGACAGCCAGAAAGCCGCAGUCCGAUAUCGCCGGUCCCAGUCAUUCUUCACCUGCGGGGCAUACCCAGGCGACCCCUACUCCUUCUUGA